AUGAAAAUCGCUAUCACCGGUGCCCGCGGCACCGUAGGACGCGCUGUUGUCAAAGAAGCCUCUCAGGCCGGCCAUUCCACAGUCCAGGUUGACCGAACCGAUACCGAGUACGAUGGAACGCCCAAUUCCGAGAUGAAGACCGCCGACACGGCCAAUGACUACGAAGCCACGCUGGAAGCCUUCAAAGGCUGUGACGCCGUUAUUCAUCUUGCUGCGAUACCAGACCCCAUAGGGAAGGACGACCAGCUGGUCCACAACAACAAUGUUACAUCGGCAUUCAAUGGUUUCUACGCCGCUGCGCAACUGGGAAUCAAACGAUUCUGCUACGCGUCGUCAGUGAACGCGAUCGGUCUCGAAUAUGCCACGCAACCGCUGAGAUUCGAAUACUUCCCCGUUGACGAAGAAGCACCACCCAAUCCAACAGAUUCAUACGCACUGGCCAAGCAAGAAGCUGAGACCCAAGCGAGAACAUUUGCUCGAUGGUUCCCCGGAAUGAAAAUCGCGUGUAUGCGAAUCCAUGCCGUGGCGUCCCGCGAGGAGGCACAGAAAGGACACAAGGAGAAUUGGGAGGACUCGGCCGUCAAAAGCUUGUGGGGAUGGGUGAGCCCGGAUGCGACUGCGAGAGCCUGCUUAUUGUCUGUGGAGAAGGCCGAGAAACUUAAUGGAUGCGAAAUUUUCAAUGUUGUUGCUCCGACGACGACACAGGACACGCCGUCGAUUGAGCUUGCAAAGAAGUAUUAUCCCGAUACCGAGAUUCGGCGCGAGCUCAAAGGAAAUCAGUCGUUCUUCACGGCUGAAAAGGCAAAUAGGAUACUUGGUUGGGUCCAUGAGGAGUGA